AUGAACUCGCUGGAGCAGGCGGAAGAUCUCAAGGCUUUCGAGAGGAGGCUCACCGAAUACAUUCACUGUCUGCAGCCCGCCACCGGACGCUGGAGAAUGCUUCUCAUAGUGGUAUCUGUGUGUACAGCUACUGGUGCCUGGAACUGGUUAAUAGAUCCCGAGACACAAAAGGUGUCGUUCCUCACGUCGCUGUGGAACCACCCGUUCUUCACCCUCAGCUGCAUCACCCUCAUCGGCCUCUUCUUCGCCGGCAUCCACAAGCGCGUGGUGGCCCCCUCCAUUAUAGCUGCGCGGUGUCGGACUAUAUUAGCGGAGUACAACAUGUCUUGUGAUGACACAGGAAAGCUGAUUCUGAAACCGAGGCCCCACGUCCAGUGA